GGCGAACUUAUAUACCACAUUCGAGGACUGUCCUUGGGACAAGACGUAGCAGGCAGAAUCGACACAGUCAAGCUCUCGCUGCUCGCAAACACGCUGGAGGAUCGACGUAGGGAUGCGAUGACGCAGGACCAAAGCGGCGGUCUUGAUCGGUCACGUUUCCAGGUGGUUAUGAAUUUGUUAACUUACUGUAAUUAUCCUCAACUGUUGGUAAAAUAUCUCAGGAAUAGAACACGCUCCUGGGCCUGGAAAGUACAAUCUACCGCGUCCGGCCCUGCGCUUGCUCCUGCUCCUCCACUACAACUACAUCUUCCGAGUCCGCUUAUCGAUCAUCCACCGUCCGUCGCAACGGCGUAUAGCACGCGGUAUACGACACGAGAUAGGCGGCACUCGACGUUCAACAAGCUGGCGCACACGGACUCGCCGUGUUACCUUCGAUCGAACCUGGGGUUGGCUUUGCAUUCGGGAUAGCGCGGCCACAUAUUUCACAACUCACAAGGACGAAAGGGGAGUCGAUCAGUAGCCUGACAAAGUACUUGUUUCAUUCGUCGUGUGGCUCCUUGUCUGUUAAUUGGAAGAGAUACACAAAGACUGCAACCUCACGAGCAACUCGCUUGAAUGCGUAUGUUCAACCUCAUGCCGACACGCGCCUAGCCACUGUCUCCGCCAACGCUCUUGCCCUUAUGAAAACUCGUCCCAACAUGGGUAAUUCGUAUGCGCCACUUGCGAACAGCCCGUCGAGCGGCACUCCCAAAACCGUGAAUACAAUCACAAAUCUUAGAAGGUGGUCUUGUUCGGACAAUGACCAGCUCCCACCCACCACCCAGAUCAAGACCAUCCAUGUGUAUGACUUCGACAACACUCUCUUCGCCAGUCCUCUGCCGAAUAGGCAAGUCUGGGAUGGCGCAUCGCUUGGUCAGCUUAUGGCCGAAGACAAAUUCGCUAAUGGAGGCUGGUGGCACGAUCCUACCUUCCUCUCCGCCACCGGAGAAGGCGUUGAAAGGGAGGAGCCUCGCGCAUGGAGCGGGUGGUGGAACGAGCAGGUUGCGAACCUGUGCGAGCUGUCCAUGCAGCAAAAGGACGCCCUGAGCAUUCUACUGACCGGCCGUGGUGAAAACAAGUUCGCCGAUUUGAUUAAGCGAAUGGUCAAAAGCAGAGGCUUAGCCUUUCACAUGAUAUGUCUGAAGCCACAAGUGACGCCUAACAAUCGUCGUGUGGUAGACACUAUGAGUUUCAAACAGGAACUUCUACGCGACGUCAUUUUUACGUACAACGAGGCAGAGGAAAUACGGAUAUACGAGGAUCGCCCACCACAUGUUGGCGAAUUUAGAAGAUGGUUGCAAGAGUUGAAUGAGAACUUGGCCUCAAAUCCAAACGCGAGACGUAAGCCUAUACAAUUCGAGGUCGUCGAAGUGGCUAUGGAGGCGACAAACCUUGACCCGGUGAAGGAGGUCAGUGAAGUCCAGCGCAUAAUCAAUGAGCACAAUCUGCUCUACAAGGCCGGAAAACUAGAUCGACGCGCCCAGCCCCUUCAGAUCAAGUCAGUUGUGUUUAACACGGGCUAUUUGCUGAAGGCAGCUGAUACAAAGAAACUUAUCGAGGAGUUUAUCCCGCCAGAAGUGCGAAGUAUGCGUGGCAUUAAAAUUCAUGCUGAUGCAAUACCUAUCGCCAUGGCUAGCGCUCCAAACCACAUUCUCAAUGCAGUCGGCGGGAUCGGAAACAAGGUACGUUUCAAUAUCACUGCACAGGGGCAGCUUGAGGACCGGCUGUGGGCCGUUCGUGUAGAGCCUACGAAUCCGCGGGAAAAGAUACACACGCUGAACCAUCCACCCUCAAUUGUUUUGGCACUCAAGGAUGCGCGCACGAAGGAUGUCAACAGCAUUCAGAAAUGGACGGCGAUCCCACCCCACCAGUGCCUGCAGAUUGAAACAAUGGUUGGCGAGAAGACUAUGCUGAGUAUUGUACCGGAAAUUCCAACACCGCAGCACCGUCAGAAACGUCCACGGGACGAUCAUCGGGAGCAUGAUAUUGGCGUAGGCAAUGUUUCAUCACAGACCAACGUUAGAGGAGGAGGUUUAUCAUCAAGCUAUCGCGGUGGUAACCAGGGAAGGGGUCGAGGAAGGGACCGCAGUGAUCGAGGCCGUGGCAACAAGCCUGGGCGUGGCAAUGGACGUGCUGGACGUGGUGGGAGCUACCGUUCCGGUGCUGCAGGCUAUACAGACUAUGACGCAGGUGGAGGAAGACGUGAUCAAGCUGGAAGUGACUUCUUUAAUGCCUAUUGAGAGUACUGGGGGGUGUCCAGCGGGCCUGAAAAGAUGCCCGUUUCUAUUCAGGGAUGCACCUGUUUGUGUUCUCAAUAGUUCUCAAGCCCACAGGAUGUCAUUUGGGUGAACGAGCCGCUGGAGGGAGUGCACAGCACUAGUAUGGUCUGGCCGCAGCUAUGCAAUUCGAACUUGUUGUUCCUUGGCUGCUCAGCUUAGAAAGGAGUAGACGAGCGAUGGCCGUAUGCAUUUGUUGUCAAAUGACUCUGCGAUUUAUAGUGACUUCUGACACGAGAUUUGGCCGGAAGCAGGGUUUUAAUGGUUCAGCGUCCUAGGCGCUUUGUGGCAUAUUUAAUCAUUUUCAUAUUUG